AAAGACACCGGUCGCACGUUGGCCAGGUCACAGUUAGCAAACGGAGUGCCCACGGAGAGCAAUCAUAAAGCCACUGAUAAAGUCAAGCGACCAGCAAGCAGUUCAAGGAGCCAUAAGGAUAAUGCGUAGCUGGUUUUUAUUUGGAUUAUAUGCGCUGCUAAUCGCCGCAACAGUUGGCCAACCGCUGCAGCAAAAUGAGUCCGGAAAAACUGAGGAUGACGAAAGGGGAGAGCGAGUGAGUCGCCAAAUUCCCUAUCCCUAUUUGGGUGGCUAUGGAGGAGGAUAUGGUGCUGGCUAUGGUGGAUAUGGUGGCUAUGGAGGAUACGGUGGCUAUGGUAGCUACGCCGGCAUACGCUCUUCACUUUAUCCUUACGGCAAUCUGUACGGCACCAGCGGCUUGGGUCUGGCUGGCGGAUAUUAUGGUCGUCCUUAUGGUUAUGGCGGUGGCUAUAAUAUUGGAUAUCCGGCCAUUGGCGGCUUUGGUGCCACUGCCGGCGGCAUCUAUGGUGUUAGUCCAUUUUCCCCAUUCGCUUAAGUGGCUAUUCGAAAUAAAAAAACCAAUACGAAAAACCAAAAAUAAAAACAAAACUGAAAAAAAAACGAAACUUAAAAAAAAUUUUUUAAAUUUGUAUGAAGUUUUAGCUGUGGUAAACUUAACAGGGAUUACCUAAUGAUUCCACAGUCGACUAUUUGACAACGUAAUG